UACGAGAAGAUGAAAAUGGCCUACAAAUAUUUCUUGUCUCUAAUCAUUCUCCUACUGUUGCCCACCUUAUUUCAAUUAGCAAGAGCAGUUGCACCUAUAGCAAAGCCUGGUUGUCAAGAUCACUGUGGAAACAUCAGCAUUCCAUACCCUUUUGGAACGACAAAAGAUUGCUACAUGGAAGAAUCGUUUGAGGUUGUUUGUGACGAAGCAGCCAGCCCUCCUAGGAUUUUCAUAAGAAAAACCAAUAUGGAGGUUCUGAAUAUUAAAGAUGGUGCUGCCGUCGUCAAAGGUCCAAUUAUGUACUCCAAUUGUUCCGGUAGGCAAUCCGGUCCACCUGUGAACUUGGAGGGAAGUCCUUUCUUUUUCUCCUUCGGUAAUCUGUUCAUUGCAGUCGGCUGCAACAUCCGUGCUCUCUUGACAGAGAUUGGGCCCCAAGUCAGUGGAUGUGACUCAACAUGCGUUCCCUACUAUAAUCAAACAAACAUUAUUUAUGGGCAAGAAAUUAAUAGUCUCUGUUCUGGGAAGCACUGCUGCGUAGCCAGAGCUCCUUAUAGGAUGCAGGUUUUUUAUCCAAGUCUAGAAACUAAAAAUGAGAGUCAAGACUGCAGUGGAUGCAAGCUUACUUUCCUAGCAGACCAAGAGUGGGUUGCGUUCUCCUAUAUAAACAAUCGGCAAGUGUUUCAUGAUCGGGAAUAUGUUCCGGUGGUGCUGGCUUGGGUGAUGGAUUACAAGCUUUGGAAAUAUGACCCCAAGACCAUGAGUUGCAAAUAUUUCCUUCUCGAGAACUCUUUGACUUUAGCAUACGAAUGUUCUUGCCGGAAAGGUUAUGAGGGCAACCCUUACCUUGGGUGCGUAGGUAAAGUUAAUGUUUAAUUAAGAAAAUACUUGAUGUUGCUGUUUGGCUGUACACCAGCUUCGCUUUUAGCUCUUG